AAUAAUCAUUUAUCUUUCUUUUGUUUUAGAGUAUACAAACAUUCGAACAUCAUCAUUAGUAGGAAAAAAUAACAUUAUCACUACCUCAAUUAAAACAAAAUCUAAUUUCUAAUGGAAUCCUUUGGUGUGAAAGUUGAAGAAGAAACAAUGUUAAAAGCUGUUUUUCUUCCCUUUAUAUCAAAAAGUCACCUCAUUUUCGUAGUAGACAUAGCAAGGCUUUUUGCUAUGCAUAAUGUGGAUGUUACCAUAAUCACCACACCAGCAAAUGCAGCCAUUUUUCAAACCUCCAUCGACCACGAUUCAAGUCGCGGUCGGUCCAUUAGAACUCACAUUGUCAAGUUUCCACAAGUACCUGGUUUGCCACAAGGAAUGGAAAGUUUCAAUGCUGACACUCCUAAAGACAUAAUUUCCAAAAUCUAUCAGGGACUUGCCAUUCUCCAAGAGCAAUUCACACAACUAUUUCGUGACAUGAAACCUGAUUUCAUAGUCACUGACAUGUUUUAUCCUUGGAGUGUUGAUGUUGCUGAUGAAUUGGGAAUUCCAAGGUUGAUUUGUAUUGGUGGAAGUUACUUUGCUCAUUCUGCAAUGAACUCUAUUGAACAAUUUGAACCUCAUGCCAAAGUUAAAUCGAAUAGCGUAAGUUUUCUGCUUCCUGGGUUGCCUCACAACGUGGAAAUGACGCGUUUGCAACUUCCGGAUUGGCUUAGAGCACCAAAUGGUUAUACUUAUUUGAUGAAGAUGAUCAAAGAUUCAGAGAAAAAAAGCUAUGGAUCAUUGUUUGAUAGCUAUUAUGAGAUUGAAGGUACUUAUGAGGACUAUUACAAGAUAGCCAUGGGAAGUAAGAGUUGGAGUGUGGGACCAGUUUCUUUGUGGAUGAACAAAGAUGAUUCAGAUAAAGCUGGUAGAGGACAUGGUAAAGAAGAAGAUGAAGAAGAAGGGGUGCUUAAGUGGCUUGAUUCAAAGAAAUAUGAUUCUGUUCUUUAUGUUAGUUUUGGGAGCAUGAACAAGUUCCCUACUCCUCAACUUGUUGAAAUAGCUCAUGCACUUGAAGAUUCUGGCCAUGAUUUCAUUUGGGUUGUUAGGAAAAUCGAAGAUGCCGAAGACGGUGAUGAUGGUUUUUUGAGUGAGUUUGAGAAGAGAAUGAAAGAAAGAAACAAAGGCUAUUUGAUAUGGGGUUGGGCACCACAGCUUCUGAUACUAGAGCAUGGUGCAGUUGGAGCUGUUGUGACUCAUUGUGGGUGGAACACUAUUAUGGAAAGUGUAAAUGCAGGUUUACCAUUGGCUACUUGGCCAUUGUUUGCUGAACAGUUUUUCAAUGAGAGAUUGUUGGUUGAUGUGUUGAAGAUUGGUGUGGCAGUUGGAGCAAAAGAAUGGAGAAAUUGGAAUGAGUUUGGGGAUGAUGUGGUGAAGAGGGAGGAUAUAGGAAAGGCAAUAGGUUUAUUGAUGGGAGGUGGAGAAGAGUGUUUAGAAAUGAGGAAAAGAGUUAAAGCACUUAGUGGUGCUGCAAAGAAAGCUAUUGAGGUUGGUGGUUCUUCUUAUACUAAGUUGAAAGAACUAAUUGAGGAGCUUAAGUCAUUUAAACUUGAAAAGAUUAACAAGAAAUUGGUAUCAGUAACUUAGUAAGAAUCAUUCUACAUUGGAACUGUGUUAGACCUCUUAUUAUUAUAAAACUAUAUAAGAGGGGAUAUCAAAGUUAGUGAUGCAAUUAUGUUUUUAAUUUAUAUUAUACCAGUUAAUUAUGUGUGUGUUUUUGUUUUGGGAAGUUAAUUAAGUGGUUAUUAGGAAGUUAAUUAAGUGGUCAUUUUCAAGUGUGUCUUCUGUUCUGUUUUUUCUUUGUAACAAUGUCUAUGUAAUCAUUGUAUUUGUAUGAAAUUCUGAUUGAGAAAUCCUUUGUCUAGAGGUUAGAUCAAUAAUAUUAUUUUGUUAGUCAUA